GGUUCGAGAGGUUUAUUAAAGAAGCCGAAUUAGGUUGCUCCCGCCGUAGCAAAACUGAUCUUUUUCCUCAAUUUUCUCCCCUCUUCUCGCCGUCUCUUCUUCUAUAUGAUCCAGUAACGGCUAAGAUCGAAAACCCGGUGCUCGUGCUUCCCUCAUUGUGUCUUCCGGCCCGAAUACCUCCUUGAUGCGAUGAACCGUGGAGGGCGAUCGGCGGCGGCGGAUUCGAACGGUGUGGCGAAGAACAUGCUGACGGUGAGGAACUGGGUCUCGCUUGAUUGCACGGGGAGGAGCACUGUCUUGGACGUGGACAAGCACGUUAUUAUGCGCAGGGCGCAGAUCCACGCCCGGGACCUCAGGAUCAUCGAUCCCUUGCUUUCCUACCCUUCAGCCAUUCUGGGCAGGGAGAGGGCCAUCGUUCUCAAUCUCGAGCAUAUCAAAGCGAUCAUCACUGCAGAAGAGGUGUUGCUAAGAGACCCCUCUGAAGAGAAUGUUAUCCCAGUUUUGCAGGAGCUUCAUCACCGUUUGCCAGCUAAUUUUGCUCAUCAUGCAGAGGGGGAAGCAAUAGGCCAUUACGGAGUCACCGAAGUAAAUGGGUUCGAAUCACGGCGAUAUCAGUGGAGCUGUCCCUUGCAGGCACCCCCCUCACCUAGGAGGCCACUAGGCCAAAAGGCCCUCUAUGAUUUACCUCCCUUCUACAUGUUGUGGGGUCGAGGGGUGUCUGGGAAAAGGAUGCCGAACAAUGAACUUCCUCCGUUUGAAUUUCGGGCCUUGGAAGUUGCUUUAGAAGCUAUAUGCCAUUGGCUUGAUGCACGUACAAAAGAAUUGGAAGCUAGCGCUUAUCCAAUCUUAGAUGAACUGACAUGCAAGAUCAGCAGUGUCAACCUAGACAAGGUGCGGAGGCUUAAGAGUACUACGACAAGGCUGACUGCUAGUGUUCAAAAAGUAAGAGAUGAAAUUGAACAAUUACUAGAGGAUGAUAAUGACAUGGCUAAUCUUUAUCUCUCAAGGAAGAUGGCUACAGAGUCUCCACGUUUGGAUGACUCCCAAACGGUGAACUCACCUUUUUUAAUUUCAAAAUCUCCCAAAAUAAGCAAAGCCAGUGUAGCAACAAAUCAAGGAAGUGAUUAUAAUGUGGAAGAGCUGGAGAUGCUGCUUGAGGCAUAUUUCAUACAAAUUGACAGCACUUUGAACAAAUUGAAUACACUUCGUGAAUACGUUGAUGAUACUGAGGACUAUAUCAAUUUACAGCAUGACAACCAUCGGAAUCAGCUGAUCCAGUUAGAACUUUUUUUAAGUGCUUGCACUGUGAGUUUGACUUUCUAUUCAUUAGUGGGUGGGAUUUUUGGCAUGAACAUUCCAUUCUCGUGGAAUGACAACCAUGAAUACAUCUUCAAUUGGGUGGUUACUAUCGGAGGAUUGAUAUCUGCACUGAUACUCGUAACUGUUUUAGCUUUUGCUCGUUUCAAGGGCCUUAUUGGGUCUUGAUUGUACAGGGUUCUGGAAGCAGUCUCCUGUUUGGUUAAGGAAACAACUUAGGAUGCCGUUCUUGGUUUGGAAUUGAGGUCACAAAGCACGACUCUCGAUUGCUUUAAUGGUUGCUUUGAGUUCUUCCUGGAUUGAUGCUCUUGUUGGUGACAAGACCAUGUCACCCCACACUAAACCUGCUCCGCAACAAGCAUCCUUCUUGGGGUAGAGUUCAUAGAUCGAAUCAGCAUUGUCGUUCAGGUUGCUUACAUCUUCUAGACAACUGAUAUGGUGACGAUCUACUAGUAAAUUGCUGCUCCCAUCUUUCCACCCUAUCAACUGCAUUGUUCAGCAGUCGUAUAAAUAUGUGACUCAUUCAAUAUUUUUCACUCGAAAACAAAAAGUUAAAUCAGUCUUUAAAAACAUUGGUGAAAGAAGGUGAUAAAGUGACCUUCGGAGAGCCUAUCGCGUUCGUGGAGUAGAGCCUGGCAUUGUCGACAAGUUGGCAAUAUUUUGGGAAGGCGUUGGCAAAUCUUUGGUGGGACUUCAAUUGGGACUGCACCCUCACCGCUCU